AGUCCAGAAUUGGCAAGGGCGGGAUGAAAAUGGUUGGGCCGGCGAAUCAUUCUGCCGCAGCCCGGCGAUUUUGGCUGCCCUGCCGCUGCGAUGCUCAAUUAGGAAAGCGGUAAGCUUCGAUCGCGAGAAGAAUCCAAGUCCCAUCGCCAGUCCCGAACAUCGCACGUGGUAGAGGCAAGUAGUCAACCAUUCCACGGACCACAACUCACCAUGUUGCGACCGGCGACCCUCCUGCGGGGAUUUGCAACCCCGUCACGACUGGCGCUCAGACAAACUGCGCUCUCGACAACACCACUCGCCCGAGCAUAUUCCACGCCCUCCCAGCCUCCUUCCACCACCACGACGACGACACGGACAACGACAGCCUCAAACCCGCCACCAUCUUCUUCUCCAGCAGCUCAAGAACCGGCUUCCGUCACACAACCCCAAGUCGCCAAACCAUAUUUCGUCCGGCGCACGCCCUCCAACCAGCUCGCCGUGUACCACCUCGCCAAGCGCGGCGGUAACAAGAAGCUGACCACGAUUAAGAAGGUGGAGGGCGACCGGGCACGGUUCCGCUCGGCACUGGCGCAGGGGUUGGGACUGCCGGAGAAGGGUGUGGUGGUGAACAAUCUCACAGGCCACAUUAUCGUUCCGGGCCAUCGAAAGGAGGAAGUGACAGGGUGGUUGGAGAAGCAGGGCUUUUAGAUGGUGACAAGAGUGCAAGUCGAUUGACGGAAUUGCGAGGAUGAGAGUGGGACUGGCAUGCGGUGGUUUAUUGUCCGAACACAUGGCCUGGGGAGAAUACAUGAUCGCUGCCUGAAGAGCGGACCAAUUGUACGAUUAUUUUGGCUGUGUCGCAUUUAUUGGCUGUGGAAAAUCCGUGGCUGGAUGAACGUUAAUUAUAGAAUUGUACAAUGUUUGCUUAGAACUAGGUUUUAGCUCGUCAACAACGGCUGGCCUUCGUGUACAAAUACAAUUGCACGUAGCACCCUGUGAAAUAUCACUCGACACGAGCAAGAAUGGCGAGA